CAAAAAAAACUGUUCGGUCCUAUAUAUGUAUUUUCAUGUUCUAGCACCCCCAAUAAUCACCACCAACACCAAAACCUUUGUUUAAUACACAAACCUUCAAGCAAUGCCUUUGGUAACCGAAGAGUUGAAAGCCAGAGCAGAGGUGUAUUAUGGUGACAAAGUUUGCAGGGAGAAAUUCUCUCUAUUGCUGGCAGAAAAAGGUCUACCAGAUGGAUUAUUAACCAUACAAGACAUUGAAGAAUGUGGGCAUGUGAAGGAACUAGGCUUUGUUUGGCUCAAGCUUGGGAAGAAGAUGGAGAGUAAGUUUGAUAAUAUUGUUGUUGGUUAUGAUUCAGUUGUUACUGCUUAUAUGGAGCCAAACAAGAUCAAGAAACUUACUGGUGUGAAGGCUAGAGAUUUCUUGGUUUGGUUUACUUUGAAUGAGAUUUAUGUCAAGCCAGUUAAAGGGGGGACGUUUGUUACCUUCAAGUCUUUGGUUGGUUUGUCCAUGUCUUUUCCAGUGUCAUUGUUCCAAGCUAGGAAAUUAGAAAGCAAGGAAGAUCAAAUUGUAGUUAAUUAAUUAGUGUAUAAUCUGGUUACGAUGAUUAUUCAUAUUAGAUUAUGCUUGAUGUAAUGCACUUGUAUAUAUUUUUUAUGACUUAUUGUUUGUAGGUUAUUGAAGAUUGGGAACCUCUGUAGAGGUAGCAGAAAAAGAAUAUGCUAAGCAAUAUUUCUUUUAUUAAGAA